AUGGAGAAAUCUCGCCUGCGCGUGAUUAUAUGGAAUGAAUUCAAACGCGGAAAUACUGCGGCAGAAACCUUCAGAAUCAUAAACGAAAAUGAGGGUAAAAAUGUUGUGAGUUAUUCUACGGUGACCAGAUGGUUCGCAAAGUUUCGUGUGGACGAUGAGAAGCUUGAAGACAAACCACGUGCAGGAAGACCCAGCAACCUUGACAAAGAUGCCCUGAGGCGCAAGAUUGAAGAUGACCCACAUAUUACAAUCCGGGAGUUAGAAGAGUUACUAAACUGUGGAAAAAGUACCAUUGGUGAUCAUUUGAAGGCAAUGGGUAUGGUCAAAAAGUUGGACAAAUGGGUGCCUCACAAUUUGACUGAUCUGCAAAAAGCCAAGAGACGAUGUGCUUCCGAAAAGCUUCUGCAACGCUGCAAAAACGAAGAAUUCUUGGAUCGAAUUGUAAAUAUUGACGAGAAGUGGAUCUCGUUUAACAAUACUAGAAGAUCUACAAGUUGGUGUAAGCAUGGAGAAGCUCCUAAGCACGUUCCGAAGCCAGAAUUGCACGAAAAGAAGCUUAUGGUGACUGUCUGGUGGUGUAGCUCUGGAGUGAUCCAGUACGAUUUCAUGAAACCUGGCCAAAGUAUUACGGCCGACACCUACUGUGCCCAGAUUGACAAACUGCGACACAAUCUUCCAACAAUGGUCAGAAGGAGGGGUCCGAUCAUUCUGCAGGAUAACGCACGGCCCCAUGCUGCAAAGAAGACCGUGGCAAAAUUCAGGGAACUGGGAUACGAAGUCUUGGAGCACCCUCCUUAUUCUCCAGACUUGGCUCCAACGGACUUUCACCUUUUUAAACACUUGUCUUCGUUUCUUAAUGGAAGAAUCUUCAAAACUAAAUACGAUCAAAACUGUUUUUGUCUUUUUAUGUUUUUUAAAGAAAAGUUCUUGCCAUUUUUGGAUUUUUAGUAAAAGUUUUUGCUAUUUUUUACUUUGUAAAGAAAGUUCCUGCUAUUUGUGUUAAAAAAAGCUGGUUUUUGCCUUUGCAGCCUGCGGAUGCCAACUUAUACGAUGAAAAGAAUUUUUUGUUUUGUAAAGAAAGUUCUUGCAAUUCUUUGUUUUGUAAAGAAAGUUUUCGUCAUUUUAAGUCUUGUAAACAAAGUUUCUUCAUUGUCAAUUAAAACACUUACUAUAAUAUUUUAGCUGUCAGACGUUUCGGACGACGCAGAAAAGACCAACAUCCAGUCCAGAAGAAGUUUAUCGUCGUUCUGGAGCAGUCAUCUGAAGCCGAUUAUGAGUAAUCCGGCGAUGCGACGAAUUGCCAUUACGAACAUGAUAAUGUUCGUGCUCAUCGUACAGCUUUUGGCGACUCUAGUGGCUCUUAUCAUCAUUGCGAUCGCUUUUCAUUAUGAGGUAGGAAAGGCAUUUUUUGUGCUGUAAAGAAAGUUUUUGCUAUUUUUUGUUUUGUGAAGAAAGUUCUUGCCAUUUGAAGACUUGGAAAGAAAGUUCUUGUUAUUUUAACAUUUGUAAAGAAAAUUUUUGUCAUUAAAAAGCUUGGAAAGAAAGUUCUUGCUAUUUGAAAGCUUGGAAAGAAAGUUCUUGUCGUUUUUUGUUUUGUAAAGAAUGUUCUUGCUGUUUUUUUUUUGUAAACAAAGUUUUUGCUAUUUGAAAGCCUGGAAAGAAAGUUCUCGUCGUUUUUUUGUUUUGUAAAGAAUUUUCUUGCUGUUUUUUUUUUGUAAACAAAGUUUUUGCUCUUUGAAAGCCUGGAAAGAAAGUUCUUGCCAUUUUUUGUUUUGUAAACAAAGUUUGCCAUCUUUUUUCUUAAAACUUCAUUUCAACCCCUUUUGAUAUUUUCUGCAGCCUGCGAGUGACAUGUUAUACGAUGAAUAUUUAUCUUUUUUUCUAUUUUAGGAAGUACGCAACAAUGAAGUAGCCUUACCAUGUGUUUACACGUGGAGCCAAUGGACUGCGUGUAGUGCAACGUGCCGUUCUCCAGGUAAACCGUUUCCAACCAAAGAACGCCAAGUCAAUAAAACCAAUGUUGUCAGAGCCAGAGGUCAAUUACAUGACAUAUCACCAUGCCCAAAAGAUGUCGCCCGGUUAAAGGUAGGGUGGGUUGAUGUGGCGGAAAGAGAGUUUUUGCUGUUUUUUUGUUUUGUAAAGAAAGUUCUUGCCAUUUUUUGUUUUGUAAAGGAAGUCCUUGCCAUUUUUUGUUUUGUAAAGAAAGUUCUUGCCAUUUUUUGUUUUGUAAAGGAAGUCCUUGCCAUUUUUUGUUUUGUAAAGAAAGUUCUUGCUAUUUUUUGUUUUGUAAAGAAAGUUCUUGCAAUUCUAAGUUUUGUAAAGAAAGUUCUUGCUAUUUUUUGUUUUGUAAAGAAAGUUCUUGCAAUUCUAAGUUUUGUAAAGAAAGUUCUUGCUAUUUUUUGUUUUGUAAAGAAAAUUCUUGCAAUUUUUUGUUUUGUAAAGAAAAUUCUUGCAAUUUUUUGUUUUGUAAAGAAAGUUCUUGCCAUUUUUUGUUUUGUAAAGAAAGUUCUUGCUAUUUUUUGUUUUGUAAAGAAAGUUCUUGCAAUUCUAAGUUUUGUAAAGAAAGUUCUUGCUAUUUUUUGUUUUGUAAAGAAAGUUCUUGCAAUUCUAAGUUUUGUAAAGAAAGUUCUUGCUAUUUUUUGUUUUGUAAAGAAAAUUCUUGCAAUUUUUUGUUUUGUAAAGAAAAUUCUUGCAAUUUUUUGUUUUGUAAAGAAAGUUCUUGCAAUUCUAAGUUUUGUAAAGAAAGUUCUUGCUAUUUUUUGUUUUGUAAAGAAAAUUCUUGCAAUUUUUUGUUUUGUAAAGAAAAUUCUUGCAAUUUUUUGUUUUGUAAAGAAAGUUCUUGCAAUUCUAAGUUUUGUAAAGAAAAUUCUUGCAAUUUUUUGUUUUGUAAAGAAAGUUCUUGCUAUUUUUUGUUUUGUAAAGAAAGUCCUUGCCAUUUUUUGUUUUGUAAAGAUAAUUCUUGCAAUUUUUUGUUUUGUAAAGAAAGUUCUUGCAAUUUUUUGCAUUGUAAAGAUAAUUCUUGCAAUUUUUUGUUUUGUAAAGAAAGUUCUUGCCGUUUUUUAGUUUGUAAAGAAAGUUCUUGCAAUUUUUUGCAUUGUAAAGAAAAUUCUUGCAAUUUUUUGUUUUGUAAAGAAAGUUCUUGCUAUUUUUUGUUUUGUAAAGAAAGUCCUUGCCAUUUUUUUGUUUUGUAAAGAUAAUUCUUGCAAUUUUUUGUUUUGUAAAGAAAGUUCUUGCAAUUUUUUGCAUUGUAAAGAUAAUUCUUGCAAUUUUUUGUUUUGUAAAGAAAGUUCUUGCAAUUUUUUGCAUUGUAAAGAUAAUUCUUGCAAUUUUUUGUUUUGUAAAGAAAGUUCUUGCCGUUUUUUAGUUUGUAAAGAAAGUUCUUGCAAUUUUUUGCAUUGUAAAGAAAAUUCUUGCAAUUUUUUGUUUUGUAAAGAAAGUUCUUGCUAUUUUUUGUUUUGUAAAGAAAGUCCUUGCCAUUUUUUGUUUUGUAAAGAUAAUUCUUGCAAUUUUUUGUUUUGUAAAGAAAGUUCUUGCAAUUUUUUGCAUUGUAAAGAUAAUUCUUGCAAUUUUUUGUUUUGUAAAGAAAGUUCUUGCCGUUUUUUAGUUUGUAAAGAAAGUUCUUGCAAUUUUUUGCAUUGUAAAGAAAAUUCUUGCAAUUUUUUGUUUUGUAAAGAAAGUUCUUGCUAUUUUUGUUUUGUAAAGAAAAUUCUUGCAAUUUUUUGUUUUGUAAAGAAAGUUCUUGCUAUUUUUUGUUUUGUAAAGAAAGUCCUUGCCAUUUUUUGUUUUGUAAAGAAAGUCCUUGCCAUUUUUUGUUUUGUAAAGAAAGUUCUUGUCAUUUUUGUUUUGUAAAGAAAGUUCUUGCCUUUUUUUAGUUUGUAAAGAAAGUUCUUGCAAUUUUUUGCAUUGUAAAGAAUGUUCUUGCCACUUACAAUCAAAAAAAAACAUUUUAGAGCUUUGCAGCUUGACAGUGACAUGUUAUACGAUAAUUAAUUUCUAAUUUUAGGAGCAAGCACCAUGCAACAUUGCAUACUGUCCAAUACCGAUCAGCACUUUCAAUUUUAGCCAAAAAUCGUACAAUAGUAAGGCCUAUGGAGGAGACAUUAAAAUUCGCUUGCUUCCGCAAGCUAACCAAAUGGUAGGUUCUAGAACAUUUCAAAAUUAUAAUGCUUGUAAAGAAAGUUCUUGCCAUUUUAUGUUUUGUAAAGAAAGUUCUUGCCAUUUUAUGUUUUGUAAAGAAAGUUGUUGCUAUUUUUUGUUCUGUAAAGAAAGUUCUUACCAUUUUUUGCUGUGUAAAGAAAAUUUUUGUAGUAAUAUGAAUUUUUUCAGAUCUUCAUGGACGACAUCCCGUAUAAGAAAGCACAAUAA